AUGACCAUGUGGGCAGAACAACAUUUUCCAGCCUUAGGCAACUUAGACAUGCAGGAGAGCAGCACGACAUUGACAGACAGCAAGGUAGAGGAGACCUCUGUCUUUGAAAUCCCUGUGGGUCUUGCCGCACGACCUGUCGAAUCAACUUUCUUCGCCGGACGGCGAAGAACAUCUCAUGUGCACAGUUUUUAUCCCCCAGCAUGGACGCUGAUUCUAGGAGCCGUAUUUUUAUCCUUGGCAACUGUGGUGUUGCUCAUCUCCAGCUGUUUCUGGAGCAUGAAACUGAGUGUGGCAAAGCUUUCCGCUGGGAGGCUCAGGCUUCUUGCAGCUAAAGACUUCACCUCUUGUAGUCCCUCUGACGAACGUGGGGCGCCUCUUGACCCGCGGCAGUUGCACCUACUGCAAGACACCUCUGCUCAGCUUCAGCUUGCUGCGCUGCAGCUGCCCCAAACACAGGUGGGCGUAUUGACGCAAGAGGAAGAAGAGUCCAUUGCCAAUGCACGCGAAACUUUGUCAAAGCUUCUUCAAAUAAUCUCAGUUCUUCAGCAUGCCAUUUCGAGGCUGGAAGAAUCGUAUAAGCUACAGGUGGCAACACUCAGUCGGGCAGCAGUUCUGGGUGAUAACAAGCAAAGACAACUUGCAGAAGAAAAUAUGAAGGAACAAAAAGAAUCUCUGUCAGCGAUGAAAGACGACCUGCGGGCAAGACAAGAAAGGCUUUCUGCCUUAGGGCGGAGAUCUAGCCAAGAAGAACGAGUACUGCUGCUGCAAGUGAGAGCUGCUCGCGCUGGGAGAAAAAUAUCCCUGAGCGUAGCUCGAGCCCUCGCUGCGCGGGAUGUCGUCCUCGCGGAGGGGCAAGUUGUUAGCGAGAGACCCACCAAUGCGGAAGUUUCAAUUGCUAAAACACUAGUGCAAAGAACACUGAACGAGGCAGAUGACAUCACAAGGCGCAUCAGCGCUCGCGGCCCUCAACUAGAAGACCUUAAAGGCCAGGCGAAAUUGUGCCUGGAAGAAGUACUCAGCUUGAAGGCAGGGGCUCAGGCAAUGGGACUGUCAGGUCACCUGCCUCAGCUGAGAGAAGCACAGCAGAAGUUACAGGCUGCACUAGAGACAGGCAGCGCACAACAGGUGGCAGAACCUGAAAGACGCCCUGCCAACAGCCAUCCACUUCGAAGGCAUGCGACGCUCCCUCCCUCAUUUGGCGAGCAGUGGACUUAUCCUGGGAAGCAGAGUCCUGUCAGUGCUCCCAGUGAAAGGUUAAGUUCCAAGCUCAAGUUUUCGCAGAGCCGUGCUGAUGAUGGGAUGUCGUAUAGUCCUUCAUACAGCGAGCAAUCUCGUGGCUCAAGUGGUCUGCCUUCUAAAGCAGCUCCUUCUCUUCCAGUUGGACACCCUGUCCAUCCUCCAAAUUGGUUGCCCGGCUUGCCUCAGAAACCGCUUACCGCAACCCCUGUAAAGGGCCUUCCUUCAAUCCAGUCGUUGGACACCCCGAAUGAGACCAGCCAUAACGUGUCUAAAACCUAUGCGGCUCGGCAACAGCGCCCAUCAGGAAGCUCUGAUAUCUACCCAGCACCCCAGCCUACUCCGUAUCCUGGCCUCCCGUCGUACCGAUCCCCGCGGCUAGGAAGAACAUCUAGCCUUCCAUGCGACCGGACGAUCCGAAGUCAGUCUGCCACCCCAUUUCCAACAGCCUUGCCUCCGCGUCACGUUCCUGGCCCGCAGAGUCCUAAAGGCCAACCUCCUGAAGAGCCUCCAUCAAAGCAGCAAAGCUGUGCUACCCGAGCUCGUCAGGAGAGGGAAGCCGCAGGCUCCCGGGACCCCCAACACAUUUCGCAACCCCAUGUUCCCCCCAAAAAGCCAGUUCUCGGCUUCGUGUCCUCGGAUUUGCUCCACCAACCUUCAUCAGGUAUUGUCGGAACAAUUCAAACAGCACCAGGGCAGAGUUCACUGCCUUUGUCCUGUCGUGACAGUUUCACUCGGCCAUCUCAAGAAGCGAGGCCGGGUGUGCAUCUGCAGACUGGUGGUCAGGAAACAACUGCCUCACCUUCAGAACAGCACUGCAGACAUGCUUUGCUGCAGCGGCGAAGUUCCGCGCCCCCAGUGCCCGCCCGCCCACCGUCAAAGCAAUCGUCUCCAUCUUCAUGUGCUCUGCCUUCACAUGGUGUUUCUCCCUCGCCUCCAAAGUCCCUACCUGAGAUGGCUAUUCGUACAAAACGUUCUCCAAUUGUAGAGGCUCCACAGAAUGACGGCUAUGAAGCGUUUUCACCCCUUUUGGGCUCGCUAGCUUCCGUUUCAAAACUCUUUUCCCCCGGACCUGCAUAUCGUAGAAGUGGCCCUGCUGCUAGCUCACCAAACGAGACCCGGGGGACGGCAGCUAAGCCUUUAACAGCUGGCACUCCCGCUACCGCCUCAUCAAGCGACCAAGAGUUUGAAGGUUCAUCAAUUCCUGAGUCGCCCUCCACUCCGUCGAGUGGUUUUCCUUCUAUGAAAAAGCAGUAUGCUUUUGGUCCUGAAACGUCUCCUCGAACCCCCAUUGAUGCGUUUUAUCCAUCAGAUAGAAAUGAACGCAGAAGAGCAGAUCCCCUCCCACCUCGCAUUCCGUUGCCAGAGCUUCAAAAAGAACGCAAGGCUUCAAGUUCAGCCUUACGUCUCAUGCCGAGCUCAGACCAGAGCUCUUUGUUAGAAGGCGACAGCUCUACUUCCCCACCGGAUACUCCACUUACAGAGCCAGCCACGCCAGGCCCAGCUCUGCGCGACAGCCUUCCAUUCCCAUCGACGGAUUUUUCCCUGCUUGAGCAGGAUACAUCGUCGCUCUCCGGUAACCUUCCUUCACCUACCCUUGCGCUCUAUGAAAUAUUAGGGACCAUCCAUUCGGAAACGGCCGGAUAUGAAGUUUCUGAAGCGGGCCUUGUAGACGCAUUUGAUGCGGCCAGUGCAUCUGGGUUUUCCUUACUAGACUAUGCUAAUAAGCUUCGCGGAGGCAGCCAUCCCCCAAAACAAGAGGUUCCCUCCUCUACUUCCCCAGGAUUUCACCAGAAGUUUUCAGAUAUUCAAACAACCCCACCGUCGGCAACGCUUUUAGGGCUGUCAGACCAGAGUGGGCCACCUCGUGAAGACCCGCCUCCACUGCAUGGGCCGUUACCACAAAGCAAAGGCCUGCCUGACAAGCUCACUUCUGAGGAGAAAUCGUUCCUCCUGCUCGAAGACUUAUGGACAUUCACCAGAGCUGCUGGAGAAGUAGCCUAUAGAGCCCAAACGAGUCCUUAUGUAGUGUCUGAAGCAAGGGAUUCGCUUAAGAGAGGACUUGACUUGAUGGAACGAGCCAGACGUGUUGUUUCUUUCCCGCUUAAGGACUCAAAUGUUCUCAAGGAUGUUCUGAAAAAACUGGAAGACUGUAAGAGUGUGUGCUCAACUUUAUACGAAGUGUUAUCUGAAAGCUGGAUGUCUGAACUUGCCAGUGUGAACCAAGCUCUGACUGGAGCGAUAGAGAGCGCCAAAAUGCAGCGGUCGGGGAGGCAACCGGAACUUCCACGCUCCAAAUAUAUUUCCCUACUAGAAAGGCUCCAGGAAAACGCAAAGAAAUCAAGGAGAUUACACGACGACAUAUCGCCAUUUGACGUGCCCAGCAUGAGUAGCAAUAUGCUUUCAACUUUUCUCGUUAACGCCCGUGAAGCUGCUAUCGCUGCGGAACAAGAGGUGCAGGAGGGAGCAGCAUUUUGCGCGACUUCGUGGACAAAGGAGCUUCAGAAGCAGGCUGACAUUGCAGGAGGCGAGUCAAUUUCAAGCGACCAAGUGCCUGCGAGCAGCGACGACGCACUUCUGGGGCUCCCGGGCUCAUCAGAAGAGCCUCCCCUAAAAAGAGUUCUAGAAGAAGCUACUUUUAUUGCUGGACGUCUAAUGGCAGUGGUCGGCCAUACGCCUCAGGUUCGACAUCUAAUACACGUGACACAGCAAAUUCAUGAUGCAUCUGAAACUAGUGAUGUCCUAAAGGCCUGA